GAAAAGGAUCGUGCUGUCCUGCCUGCCUGCGUCCUGUGUGCUGUCUGCCUGCUUGCCUGCGUUGUCCCUCCUCAGCUCUGGGGAGACGCAGCCCCCUUUGGGAUCUGAUUCCUGGCCAAUUCCUGGCAAUCCUAGAAAUUUUGAGAGAGGCGCCCAGCUUCCCAGCUCGGUCAGCGAGGAGAGAAAAAACCUGAGAGGCAGUUGCAGGUUGGGGGAGGGGGGCAGCAAGAGCUCCCCAUAUUAACCCCCACCACACACAAAAAAUAUUACCCCCACAAUGGGAGCUGGCCUUUGCAGAUGACCAUCUGGGGCUGAUGGCACCACCACAGCAAACAUAUACCAGGUACUUUCUUUCCUCUCUGAAAAACCAGGAGAGGUCUUGAAUUUGGAUAAAUCAGAUAUUUCCGGAGAAAGGAGCAGCUGAAAGGAGGGCAGGGAGAACAGCUGGGAUCCACUGGGAGAAAGGAGACCUCCGCCAGGCUUCGUGUGUGUGUGUGUGUGAGGGGGGAGGGGCGGGGAGGAAUUACAGGGGGAGAGAGAGAGAGAGAAUGAACUGUGUAUGGCUAAAAGAGAAGCUGCUAGGAUGGGUUCAGUGGUGGGAAGAUAUUGCACUGACUGUCUGUUCAAUGAGAGAAGGAGGCUCAGUGGUAGAGCAUCUGUUUACAUGCAGAAGGUCCCAAAUUCAAUCCCUUGGCAUUUCCAGGGAGCGCUUGGAAAUAUCCACCUGAAAUGCUAGAGAGCUGCUGCCAGUCAUUGUAGGCAAUAUUAAGCUAGAUAGACCAAGAGUCUGGCUGGGUGUAAGGCAGCGACCUGCAUCUGCCUGCUUGCAUUCAAAAGGUUCCACGUUCCCUCCUUGGCAGUUCCAAGACAGGGCUGAGAGAGAUUCCUGCCUGCAACCUUGGAGAAGCUGCUGCCAGUCUGUGUAGGUAAUCCUGAGCGAGAUGGACCAGUGGUCUGAUUCUGAAUAAGGCAGCUUCCUAUGUCCUGUAUUCCAGAUGGAGAUUUUCUGGCCUACAGUUGAAGGAACCUUCUCCAGGAAUUUAGUUCCUUUUGAACAACCUGUAUAGGGAAAAGACCCUCUCACUAAUUGGAACCAUCUAUUUUGCCUUGUAAAAUAUUUCCUACUUUGAAGUGUAGUAGAUCCACAUGCAGAUUUAUCUGUUACUUUUGCAAGACCUUGUGGUCCCCCCAGAUGCCUAAAUAGAACAUUUGGUAAAACAAGGUGAGCCUUCGACUGUGUUAGAGCCUGCUUUUGGUGCACAGUUUUGAGAAUGGAAGAUUUGGCUGGCCCUGAAGCAGGAAAAGGCCUUGAUGCCACCCAGGCUGGGAGCAGUGGGGAAUUCUGGGAAUGGACUGUGCAGAAGAUCCUAGGUGAGGAAACCGUCAGCUCAGAUGUACAGCGCCAGCGCUUCAGGCAGUUCCACUACCAGGAGGCCAAGGGGCCCCGAGAGCUUUGCAGCCGACUCCAUUACCUUUGUGGCGAAUGGCUAAAGCCAGAGCAACACACCAAGAAGCAGAUCCUGGACCUGGUGAUCCUGGAGCAGUUCCUGGCCAUCCUGCCCCUGGAGAUGGAAAACUGGAUCAGAGCAUGUGGGCCAGAGAGCAUUUCGCAGGCGGUGGCCCUGGCAGAAGGUUUCCUCUUGAGUCAGGAACAGGACAAGAAGCAGGAAGAGCAGCAGGUGCGGAACCCAUUAAGGGAAGUGGAUACUGAUUUCCUCGAGGCAGAGAAGGCUCUGUCAGAUAGGAGACAGAGGCUAACGUUCAGGUGGAUUGUGCAUGAGAAUGGGACCACUUCACAAGGUGGUGGAAAGACACCAGAGAUGUGUACUAGAUUGUCUCUUCUGUAUGGUGGAAUACCUUCUUUGCAACCCAAUGAGGGCCUGGUGACCUUUGAGGAUGUGGCUGUGUAUUUCACAGAGGAGGAGUGGACUCUUCUUGAUCUGAACCAGAAAGCACUACAUGGGAAAGUCAUGGACGAGAAUCAUGGAAUUGUGGCUUCUUUGGGAAGUGAUGGCUGGAAGAGCAAGAAUGAGAAAGCAUUACCUGGAGUGGCACUGCAAAGAAUCCGAUGUAAAGAGGGAGGAAAGCCAGGGAGGAAAACUGAAGCAAAACAAGAGCAGAAGGAUGACUCUUCUGCUUCUCAGGGCGGUGUCUUCCAGGGAAUGCCAAUUCAAGAAAGAAUGCAUAAGGGCAAGGAAAAGAACAAAUGCCCCGUGUGUGGGAAAAGCUUCAGCUCUCCAUCAAGCCUAAACUAUCACUGGCAAACUCACACAGGGGAGAAACCAUUUAAAUGCCCUGAGUGUGGAAAGAGCUUCUGUCAGAGGACAAAUCUGGUUAAACACCAAAUAAUCCACACUGGGGAGAAACCGUUUCAGUGCUCUGAGUGUGGGAAGAGCUUCUACCAGAGGACAAACCUAGUUAAACACCAAACAAUCCAUACCGGGGCAAAACCAUUUAAAUGUCUGGAGUGUGGGAAGAGCUUCAGUCGGAGGGAGAACCUUAUUGGCCAUCAAAGGAUGCACACGGGGGAGAAACCAUUCAAAUGCCCGGAGUGCGGAAAGAGCUUCAUGUGGAAUGCCCAACUGACUUCCCAUCAAGCAAUCCACAUAGGGGAGAAACCGUAUCAGUGCUUGGAGUGUGGCAAGAGCUUCUGCAGGAAGCAGAGACUCCUUCGACACCAAACGAUCCACACAGGGGAGAAGCCGUAUCAGUGCUCAGACUGUAGCAAAAGCUUUUCCGAUCAGUCAUGCCUUACUAGACAUCGAAGAGUCCACACAGGGGAAAGGCCGUAUAAGUGCCUGGAGUGUGGAAAGAGUUUCCGGCGCAGCGCGCACCUGACAGUACAUCAAAGAAUUCACACUGGGGAGAAGCCAUUUAAAUGUUUUGAAUGCGGGAAGACUUUCAGCCAGAGAACAAGCCUCACUUCCCAUCAAAGAAUGCACACAGCAGGAAGAGUGUACAAAUGUCUGGAAUGCGGAAUGCGCUUCAGUCAGACCACAGCCCUCACUUCGCAUCUAAGAAUCCACUUAAUGGAUGCCCUGUAUAAAUGAAUUCUAGAAAUGCUGAAGCUGCUGAAUGCUGAGUCAGACCCAUAGUCAACCUCAGUAUUGUCUGCCCUGACUGGCAGCCACUGUCCAGGGUUCCAGACAAGGGUUUUUCUCAUCCCUGCCUAGACAUCCUGGGAGUUGAAUCUGGAACUUUCUGCAGGCAUGAUAGAUAUUUUAGAAUUUUAAGCUGUUAAAGCUAUCCCCGAACCUCAUGCAAAGUCGGUGCUUUCCCACUGAGCUAGAGUCUCUCCAAAAUGAAAUUGAGCCAUUGUUCUCUGUAGGAAAAACAACAAAGAGUCUUGGGGCACUUUAAGCAUUAACAGAUGGAAUGUAGCAUGUACUUCCAUAAGAUGUGUUUGCUGACAGAGGCUCCGGGAAAGUUCAUGCUGCAGUAUGCGUUCUUCACCCCCAGUGCUGGAACAGCUCAUCCAGCCUUGGGACAAGGAGCUUCUGUCCACUGGACCCACCCAUUUUAUGAACCUUAGGCUUGAUGGUGUAUAUUUAGCAAUUCAUCACAAGCUAGAGCAGACAGUUUGUCCAGCAUAUUGCAUCACAAGGACAUGAGUGUCCCUUUUCAUGUUGUCUAUUUCAGGGAGACAGAAUAUUGAUCCAUCUUAAGGGCCAUCUGCUUCCAUAGCCAGCAUAGCAUAGUGGUUAGAGUGUUGGACUAGGACUGGGAAGACCUGAGUUAGAAUCCCCAUUCAACCAUGAAACUCAUUGGGUGACUGGGCAAGUCAUGUAUCUCUCAGCCUAACCUACCUCACAGGGUAGUUGUGAGGAUAAAAAUAACCAUGUACACUGCUCUGAGGUCCUCAGAGGAAGAGCAGGAUAUAAAUGUACGAAAUAAAUAAAUAAAUAUUCAAGAUUAUCAUUAGGGGCUUUUCUCCAGAUGUCCAUAUUGCCAAAGGGUAAGGGACAGGGCCUUUUCAGUAGUGGCACCCUGAUUUGGAGAUGCUCUCUGCAAAAGCUGCUCACCUGGUGCCCAGAGUAAUGAGAUUUUGGUUCCAGGCAAAGACCUCUUGAUGUCCCUGGUCUCUUCAUGUUUAAUCUGAUGUUGCUGCUUUUGAGUUGUUAUCAAGGAUUCUCAAACUUGGGUCCCCAGAUGUUGUUGAACUAAAAUUCAUGUAGAAGCUACAAUGCCCAAAGAGAAGAUGGGAGUUGUAGUCUAACAACAUCUGGAGACUCAAGUUUCAGAACCCCAGUGUUAUAUGAUGGCUGUGAUUCUGGUAUCAGGGCUGUGUUUUAUAGGCUGUUUUGUAUGCUGAGAGAUGUAAGCUGCUUUGAAAGUUUCAUGAAGGAAAAGGAGGGAUGUAAAUAUUCUAAAUAAAUAAAAUGGGUGCCUGAG